AUGAGUAGUUUUAAUACAAAAUUGAAUUUCUUAUAAUAAGAAAUUAAGCUACUUUAAGAAGAAAACACAGAGCUUAGACAUCUCCUAUAAUUAAAUAAACAGAUUCUUAAAAUCCAAGGAGGAUAAGCAAGCACAAACUAUGUAUUUUAAUUAUUGAAUUCAGUCAUUACCAAGUGUCCCAUAGUUAUCAAUCGAAGUGUGUAAGUCUGAUGCAAAUGAUUAUCAUGAUACUUAAUUCAUAAUCUCGAAUUUGAUGGAUGAAAAUAACAAACUAUUAUCCAUCAAUGAAGAAUUAAGAAAGUAGAGAGAUUAAUUGAGAGCUCAAGUAAAUUACAUAUAUUAUUUUAGAAUCUCCUAUUGCAACAAAUUGAAAUUGAAAACUCUUAAAGAAUACUCGAUAUCCAGGCUGAAAAGCAUCAGAAAUUAAUUGAUUUCUAAAAUUAAAUUCUAGGAAAAGAUAAUCAAAUCUAAGAAUUGAGUGAUUAAUUGUAGAACAUUCUCUCUAGAAAACGUCUCAAAACCAAAAUCGUAAUUAAUUUCUACUAUAGAUUAAGCAAAUACCUUUGCAAAGUGAGUACCUAAUCUUUUAAAAUCAACUUGAGACAAUGAGCAAAGCUCUCAGCUAUUACUAUUAGGAGAAUAAUCUAUUUAGGUAAGAGAAUAAAAAGAUUUCCUUAUUGUUGGAUUUAUUAACCACAGAUAAGAAUGCAGAAAAUAAAUUAAAUUCAGAAUAAAGUCCUGAUAUCAAUGAUUCAAGUUAUUACUUGGAGUCACUGCCAAUGAAAGUUAAACAACCGUCUAAUCCUAAUUAAUAAAUCACAGUACCCAAGCUCGAUCUUAAUAAAGCUCACAAGAUCCAAUAAAUUAAUGUUGAGAAACAACAGGAAUCUGAAGAAUAACAUCUUCCCAUAGAAUAGUUUCUAACCUAUGACAAAAAGAUUUAUCCAUAAACAAACGCUCAAACUCCAUGUUAAGGCAGGGGGGGAUAAUUCAUAAGUCCCAAUAAAUUGUUGAUUUAAUUGACCUCUUUGGCAGACUCAAAUAAAACUUUGAAUAAACAGCUUAAUCAAUAUAAAUAAAAGUUGCAGGAUGAAUUACUAUUAACAAAAUCGCUUGAGACCAAACUAGAUGAACUGUAUCGAUAUGUUUAAGACUUAGAAAAAACAAAUGAAAUUUUAAUAGCUUCUUAAAUAAAACUUACAAAUAAUCUUAAGAAACUAAAGGUUUUGAUUAUUACAGGUAAAAAGGAAUAAACAACAAGUAAACAUAAGUAUAAUAUGUCCAUUUAAAAUAAAGCGGAUGUAUAAAAAAAAACUAAAGAUAGAAGUAAUUCGGUAUACUGAUUUAUGAUUAAUUAAUAAAAUAUAUGAAAAAAAUUAAACAAACUAGAAAUUAAUUCUGUAUAGUCGCAUUUCUUAUAUAAGGGGUGCUUAUAAAUAAGAAUAUAAGGAGGAAGUAUCAAUCGUCAGAUUUCAAUGAAUUAUCAAUUGCUCAACAAAAGUUUUUGCUAAAGAAACUCAUAUAACAGUGUCAAUUUCUUAUUGAUAUUUAUCAAAUUGUAAAACUCACAGUUAGAUAAUUUAGAGUUAUAUGAAAUUGGGCUAGAGUAUUGUUUCAUAGUUUGUUAUUUUGGAUAAAUAUUUAUGCACGAAUUUAUGUGCCAUUUUAAUAAUAUCAAAGUUCAUGAAAUGUUAAAAUAUAUUGAUAUUAGAUAAAACAAAAUCUAACAUUUGA